GAGCUGCCCUCCCUUUUCAGCGUGCAGUGAGUUGGGGGAGAAAACUGUUUGCAUACCGAUCCUGAUCCAGCACUCCGUGCACGCAUUGAGUCUAUUAGUGAUUGAGAAAGCUGUGGAUUUUAUCAGUUGAAAGCUUUUUUGGGGUGCGUAUAGACAACCACCGGUUGGUAAUAUUCUGCGAAACUGUGUCGUUUGUUGUACCGAAAGAGUUGGUGACAUCUCCGUGGGAAAACAGCGAUUUACCAACAGGCUCUGCUGAGAGCUCAUGAAAACAGGAGAGGAACAAAAGCCAAGAGAAUUCAUCAGCUUCCAUUGAACAAGUGGAACCAACAGGCAGAUACUCAUGGGGCAGGGAGAAGCUUCAGCGCGGGGGACCGCCAUGGAGGGCGACUGCCUCAGCUGUGUCAAGUACCUCAUGUUCGUCUUCAAUUUCCUAAUAUUUCUGGGGGGCUCCUUCCUCCUGGGGGUGGGGGUGUGGGUGCUGGUGGACCCCACGGGCUUCCGGGAGAUUGUGGCGGCGAACCCCCUGCUGUUCACCGGGGUCUACAUCGUCCUGGCCAUGGGGGGCAUGCUGUUCCUGCUGGGCUUCCUCGGCUGCUGCGGGGCCAUCCGCGAGAACAAGUGUCUGCUGCUCUUCUUCUUCAUGCUCAUCCUCCUCAUCUUCCUCGCCGAGCUGGCCGCCGCCAUCCUCGCCUUCAUAUUCCGGGAGCAUCUGACCAGGGAAUACUUCACCAAGGAGCUGAAGAGGCACUACCAGGGCUACAACAACACGGACGUGUUCACCUCCACGUGGAACGGCAUCAUGAACACAUUUGACUGCUGUGGCGUCAACAGCCCGGAGGAUUUUAAGGAAAGUCUGUUCAAGUCGCUGAACCACGAUGACAUGGUGCCGGCGGCUUGCUGCCAGAGGCCCAGCCAGCCCGCUGAUAUGGCCGACCCCAGCCAGGAACAGUGCUUAAGAGGCAAUAUGAUGUUCCGCAAUAACAAGGGCUGUUACUCCGCUGUGGUCGACUACUUUGAGCUGUACAUCUAUGUGGCGGGAGCGUCCGCCAUUGUGGUGCUUACCAUCGAGCUCUUCGCCAUGGUAUUCGCCAUGUGUCUGUUCAGAGGAAUCCAGUAGAACUACCGACAAAAUCCGGGAACUUUUUAUUUCAAAAAGGGAAAUCAGGAGAAAAGAAACAGAAAAAAACACGAACACUUGUAAAUUUGUUGUUCUUUUUUUAUAUUGUCUUAAUUGGUUAGGAUCACGACAACCUUUUUAAAACCCGUGUACUUCACAGCUGGACUUUUGAGGUACAUGGGUGACAUAAAAUUAAGAGCAAAUGGGAGAUCAGAAAACUGAUGUAAAAAAACAAAGAGAAAAAAACCACACAAAAAAUAAGAAAUGUUUGAGCAAAGGGGAACAACCGUAAUUCUUGUGGACCAGGUCUCACGCAGACCGGGCGUCGUGCCGCAACAGGCGGAGAGGGGGGGGUGGGGUAAGAUGAGGACCAGGUGAGGCCUAAGCAGAAGGCACUGCACUGACUUUUGGAUGAAGAAUAUUUAUACUGAGUAAAGUUGGCUUAACUGUAAGGAAAAUGUGUGUUUUGUGUACACUUUGGUUGUUUCCCCCCUCUCCCCCCUCCCUCCCUCCCUCCCUCCCCCAUCUUCACAUGCCAUUGUUACAGCCACACCGUUUUAAUUGCUGUAUUAUAAGCUGUGUGUGUGUGUGUGUGUGUGUGUGUGUGUGUGUGUGUGUGUGUGUGUGUGUGUGUGUGUGUGUGUGUGUGUGUGUGUGUGUGUGCAGGUGUUUGAGAGAGCAAGAGAGAGAGAACUAGUUUUUUAUGUGCAUGUGAGUUUGUGGCCCUUCAUGACCAUCUCCAUGCUUGAAAAAACAACUUUUUGGAUUAUUUUUCAAUUUGUAAAGUGAUGUUUAUUGCGAUCGUGGUUAUGUGUGGUUUUAGCUGGUGAAAAUGUAUGUACGUAUAUGCAUUUGUAUUGGGUUCUUGAAAAGAUUAAUGAUAUAAAAUGCUGUUGUAAAUCUCU